AUGGCGGAGCCUGCAACGCCGGCCGCGGGGCCUGCGCUGGUCCUGCUGCCGUGCAGCAAGUGCAAGCAGCAGCUGCCCGAGAACUCCCUGAAGCGCAAGUCGGAAGAGCACCAUCGACAGUUCCUAGCUUGCUACUCCGCUGACAAAUGCAAGCCCAAGCAUCACUAUGGCAGUCAGCACCGCCGCGAUGGCUAUGUGCUGGACACACUUUGCAACGAGUCGAAGCACAAGGCGAUUAAGAAGAUCGUUGAGAUGAGCGCCUCGCGCUUGCAAGAUUUUGAGACUUUCGUGCUCGUUCGCCUUGCUCAACUCCAUCUACAUGAGGCACACCUCUUGCGCCCUGAUUAUUGGGAGUUCACUUUGAACAAGACACAGACCACCCUGACCUGCGCCUGGCUAACUUUGCGAAUAGCCGAGCCGAUCGUUCGUGCAGACUGCGCAGGUCUCAUCGUUUCUAUGGUGAGUGAAAAGGCAAGUGCAGCAGUCGAAGUGCAGGUCUUCCGGAAAUCUGCAGAGCUUGCAGUGGGAAUCGUGGAGUGGUCAAACACUAACACCGUGCAUACGUGGUCGCUCACGGACAGAAGCUGGCACCGUCCCAAAGCCUGGCGGACGCACAACAAUUCCUUGCUCACGCUCUGGUGA